CAGCAGAACGCAAACCUCCACUGAGAGUUAACAAUUCAUUUUUAAUACGUGUAUAAAAAUAAGAAAAUAAUUGUUGAAAUGUGAGGCGGAACUAUAUUUCACCGUCACCGUUGAUGCACGGACUUAUUUAGGAGAGAGACGAAACAUGACCGCUCGUUUUGCCAUAUAUCGGGUCCUGUGCCAUGUGACAAACACCACCACAUCCAUAUUCAGUCCGCUUCAGUCAAGUAGAUGCUUGCAGCGUUCCUGUACGCAGUGGAGAUUGCUUUGUUCUCCGAGCAGAAACCUGCUGCCAAAUGUUGCCAACAACGACCCAGCAUCCCCGCAGAGGCACAUCGUUCCAGAAUUGUCCCUCCCCUGUCUGCUUGACAUGGGCUUCACGCAAACACAGGCUGAGCAAAUCUGUGAAUUUGUGUGCAAAGCCAGUGGUGGGAAUGCCACCAAGCACUGUCUGUCAAUACUCACGGUUCUCUUCAUGUUGGGCCUCAACCCCUCCAGCGUGAUGAAAGUAUUGACUAAAUGUCCCACUAUUUACACCAUCAAGGAGUCACUUCUCCAGGAGCGGAUAGGCAAUCUACGCAAACUCGGUUUAGUCGAAGGCAGUCUGCAGCGGGUGGUGGUGCACUACCCUGCCAUCCUGACGUUGCCGGUGAAGAAGAUAAAACACGUGACCAUGUUCCUCAGGGAGAAGUGUCUGUUUACCGUCCAGCAGGUCACCCAGAUCCUCAGAGACAGUCCGGCCAUCGUGCAUGAAGACCUGGCUCAGCUGGAGUACAAGUUUCAGUACGUCUACUUCCGAAUGGGCAUCAAACAAGCCGAGAUGGUGAAGCACAGGUUGUUUCGUUCCACGCUGGAGGAGCUGCGCGUGCGCCACACUUUCCUGGAGCGCAGAGGCUUAUACCAAACCCCCGACAAGAAAGGGCAGACCGUCAUCGCCAACCCGAAACUGGAUAGCGUCCUCAACAUGGACCUGGAUACCUUCCUGCUGGCGCACGCCGCCAACGCGUCAGUCGAGGAGUAUGACGUCUUUCGGAGACUGCUGGCCAGAGAGUGGACGCAAGAGGAGCGUCACCACGGCGACCGCCAAGCGGAGAUGGAGGACAGUGAUGAUGAUGAGGAUGAGGAGGAGGAGGAAGAGGAGGAUGAGAUGGAAGGCAAGGAAAGCUACAGAAGGAAGAGGAAAAAAAAUAAAAGUAGUGACACAUGAAUGAGAGAACUACAAAGAAGACUCCAUUGUACAGUCCGGACAAUCACAUCAAAGUGUUCACACUGACGAUGUGAUUAAACAUGACAAGGGGCUGGA